GCUCGUCGCCUUCGUAGGGCGCCGAGUUCUACCUUUUUUCCCACUCUUGCCAUGGCCAGCCGAGGAGCCCGGCAGCGCCUGAAGGGAAGCGGGGGCAGCGGCGGGGACACGACCUCGGCCGCCGACAAGCUGCGGGAACUGCCGUGCAGCCGGGAGGCGGGCAGCGCAGAGCCCCGGCCCGAGUUAUCUGGGAACAAAGCAGGACAAGUCUGGGCACCUGAAGGAUCUACUGCGUUCAAGUGUCUGCUCUCAGCAAGGUUAUGUGCUGCUCUCCUCAGCAACAUCUCUGACUGUGAUGAAACAUUCAACUACUGGGAACCAACACACUACCUCAUCUAUGGGAAGGGGUUUCAGACUUGGGAGUAUUCCCCAGCUUAUGCCAUUCGCUCCUAUGCUUACCUGUUGCUUCACGCCUGGCCAGCUGCAUUUCAUGCAAGAAUUUUACAAACUAAUAAGAUUCUUGUCUUUUACUUUUUACGAUGUUUGCUGGCUUUUGUGAGCUGUAUAUGUGAACUUUACUUUUACAAGGCUGUGUGCAAGAAGUUUGGGCUGCAUGUGAGUCGAAUGAUGCUAGCCUUCUUGGUUCUCAGCACUGGCAUGUUUUGCUCAUCAUCAGCAUUCCUUCCUAGCAGCUUCUGUAUGUACACUACAUUGAUAGCCAUGACUGGCUGGUAUAUGGACAAAACUUCCUUUGCUGUGCUUGGAGUAGCAGCUGGGGCUAUCUUAGGCUGGCCAUUCAGUGCAGCUCUUGGUUUACCUAUUGCCUUUGAUUUGCUGGUCAUGAAGCACAGAUGGAAGAGUUUCUUUCAUUGGUCACUGGUUGCCCUAAUGAUCUUUCUGGUGCCUGUGGUGGUCAUUGACAGCUACUAUUACGGGAAGUUGGUGAUUGCACCACUGAACAUUGUUUUGUAUAAUGUCUUUACUCCUCAUGGACCUGAUCUUUAUGGUACAGAGCCCUGGUAUUUCUAUUUAAUUAAUGGAUUUCUGAAUUUCAAUGUAGUCUUUGCUUUGGCUCUCCUGGUCUUACCACUGACUUCUCUUAUGGAAUACCUACUGCAGAGAUUUCAUGUUCAGAAUUUAGGCCACCCAUAUUGGCUUACCUUGGCUCCAAUGUAUAUUUGGUUUAUAAUUUUCUUCAUCCAGCCUCACAAAGAGGAGAGAUUUCUUUUCCCUGUAUAUCCACUUGUAUGUCUCUGUGGUGCUGUGGCCCUUUCUGCACUUCAGAAAUGUUACCACUUCGUGUUUCAGCGAUACCGCCUGGAGCAUUAUACUGUGACAUCGAAUUGGCUGGCGUUGGGAACACUCUUCCUGUUUGGGCUCUUAUCUUUUUCUCGCUCUGUGGCACUGUUCAGAGGGUAUCAUGGGCCCCUUGAUUUGUAUCCAGAAUUUCACCGAAUUGCCACAGACCCAACCAUCCACACUGUCCCAGAAGGCCGACCUGUUAAUGUCUGUGUAGGAAAAGAGUGGUAUCGAUUUCCCAGCAGCUUCCUUCUGCCCGAUAAUUGGCAGCUUCAGUUCAUUCCAUCAGAGUUCAGAGGCCAGUUACCAAAACCAUUCGCAGAGGGACCACUGGCCACCCGGAUUGUUCCUACUGACAUGAAUGACCAGAACCUAGAGGAGCCAUCCAGAUAUAUUGACAUCAAUAAAUGCCAUUAUUUAGUGGAUUUGGACACCGUGAGAGAAACACCCCGGGAGCCAAAAUAUUCAUCCAAUAGAGAAGAAUGGAUCAACUUGGCCUACAGACCAUUCCUUGAUGCAUCUAGAUCUUCAAAGUUGUUGCGGGCAUUCUAUGUUCCCUUCCUGUCAGAUCAGUAUACAGUGUAUGCAAACUACACCAUCCUCAAACCCCGGAAAGGAAAGCAAAUCAGGAAGAAAAGUGGAGACCGGAGAAGAGUAGAACCAACUUUCAGGAAGAAUUGAAAAUCCCGAGACUGGAUGGCUGUGUUGAGCUGUUCUACACACUCUGGCUUGGCAUCCAAGAACUAGCCUCCCUUGGGCCGUAUGAGCUUCUCCACCAAAGCUCUUUGGCAGCUCCUAGCAGACAACCUCGUUCCAAUCCUAGUGCUGAAAAUGACCACAGCCUAAUUGCCAACCUACAUGUCCUUUUCACCUCCGGCAAGACUAAGCUUUUCUAAAGCAUGUCACAGGACCAGGACCCUACCCUGGAGGUAUCUCAGGAAAAAUGCAACCAGUUGAGGAACUGUGGCUUAAUUUCAUUACAUAGGAUGCCUCUUGCUUUCAUCUUAUUUCCUUUACAACAAACUAUAACUAUAUGGGUGUGGGUUUUUGUUUGUUUGUUUUUUAAGCUUUAGCAUGCUGUUUCUUGAAUUCAAGACUUCCCUGUAUAAAGGUUAUCAACAGACCAGACUAUAACUGUACAGGGCAUACGUGGAGAAAAUUAACUCUAUCAGUUGGUAGAUUUGGAUGACAUCACAUUUUAAAGUAAUUUAUUCUGAGGCCGUUUCUGAGGAAAUUAAGAAUCUCCCUUUUUAAACAACCCUAGUGAGAAAGACCAGUGUAUAUUCAUGGCACCUGUUUUUGAGUAUGUCUGUUGCAAAGCACAUCCUGCAUGGGGCACCUCUAGUCAAGUAGGCAAUGAUAAGGACUUAAUUAAAACAUAAGUAUAUACCUUACUUUGCUUUUACACACAGUAUUUCAUAGUUUACAAAGCACUUUCACAUUAUCUCAUUUGAUCCUCACAGUCAUGACGUGAGGUAGACAAAGGAAGUGGUUUUAUCCCCAUUUUACAGAUGAAGAAACUGAGACUAUGGGGCAGGGGGCAGGGGGAGGUAAGGUGACUUGCCCAAGGCCACACAGCCAAUAAGUAGUAGCGCUAGGACCAGAACCUGGGUUGCCUAACUUCUCAUCCAGUGCUCGUCCGUACUCCUCACUUGAUUAUGAGAACAUUACUUGAAAGAAUGAUGAGGUUGGCCAGAGACCUAAUUGAUAACGUAACUUUCUAUUUUAAGGAAGAAUUUUAUCUGUGUUUCUGUGAGUUCUUUGGAGCCUCCAGUCUGCCUAUGGGUUAGACCAUCAUAGCGGUACUCCGGGAUGCAGCCUGGCCUGUGGCAGGAAAGUAGUGCUCAUGUUUGGAAGUCAAGCUCCUUUGCAGCCACACAGCAUCCAAUACAAGUUCCAUUCCUAUAGUCAAUCUGGGGUCACGUUAUAGUGCCUUAUUUCCCUAAGGGUGAUUGUGUCUAGUAUCUGCAAAUAGGAUGCAUUCAUUUUUCAGAGUUUCCAUCUUUAAUUUUUCAAAGAGAAGGGAUUUUCAGUAGGAACUGAUCCCAAGAGAGGAGAAGUGACAAGGGAAGAAAUGGCUAGUUACCAUAUGAAGAGUCCUCAUUCGGAUCCCCUCUAAAGGAAUAUCUGGGGAGGGGUUGAAGAAUUGUGAGUCAGUAGGUCUAGAUAGCAUGAACAAUGAUAACUGGAGAGUGAAGAUAAACUGGGGUCCCACUCGCUGCUUUAAGGAUUUUUGUAUUUAAUUUUCAAUACUUGAUUACUGUUUCCCAAGGCAGAUAUUGGCACAUGUGGUCUGACUAUGGGACAGAGAAUUUCUAGUGAAAGAUCUUGCCAUACCUGCAGUAAUAGUGCACUGUCCUUCACAGUGGCUAGAGCUCUUUUUUUUGCCAAGGUAAAUGAGAAGGUACAGUAAUGGAGGUCCAUGGUGAGUGGUUUUUUUCUAAUCAAAGUGGUACAGUACUGAUCCAUUUUAUCAUGUUGCAUGUUAAAAAAAAAAAAGCCUUCUAAGCAAGAACUUACUGUAAUAUAGCACAAAAAAGGUCAUGAUCAAUCUAGGUAUUCCUUGGGAAUAUCAGUUGCUAUCCCUUUUAAAACCUGAUUUCAGUUUGCUCUGUUCUAUGAAUAUCUUUAGUGAGAGCACAGUAAAUUGCAGAACACUCUGCCAAAUUCGAUAGGUAAGGGAUAUAAAAAUGAAUGUUUUUUGUUGUGAAGGUGUUUUUCACAUGAUAUAUAAACGUGUUAAAACAUCUCCACCUGGGCUUCCCUGGUGGCGCAGUGGUUGAGAGUCCGCCUGCCAAUGCAGGGGACGUGGGUGCGUGCCCCGGUCCAGGAGAUCCCACAUGCCGUGGAACGGCUGGGCCAGUGGGCUGUGGCCGCUGAGCCUGCGUGUCCGGAGCCUGUGCUCCGCAACGGGAGAGGCCACAACAGUGAGAGGCCCGUGUACCACAAAAAACAAAACAAAAACAUCUCCACCUCAGCAAUACAGGGAGGUUAGCUUUGCCUGGGAAGAGAGUUUCAAAACACUUGGUGAGAGUAGCAUUUCUCCUCCAGAGAAUCAGUGUUCAGCAUGAGCUGACCGCUCUGCUCACUGUAAGGAUAAAGUAUCUCAGGUACGUUUUUCUCCACAGAUUGUUGACUAUCAAGGAAUGAAUGAAGGUCUACAGCUUAUUGGUAAUAAGCUUUGAUUGUAGAGCUGAGCGAGGGAGUUGGGUGUAUUGGCAGUCCCAGGGCUCUCUGAUCUCUGGAUCUUAAGCAGCCUUGUCUGAACCCCAGAUCUCACAACACUGAGUCCUAUUACUGAACCAGCCUGUGUAGUAGCAUCUGCUAUCGAAGUAUACCUGUCAACUGGUAGGUGUCAUCUGAUAAGAAAGACCACUCAUUUUAAUCUCUUGAGAUUAUAACAUUAAAGGGAAGCCCACACUCUUUAUUACUGAAUUCAAGUUUAGAAACUGAUUCUCUGUUUUAAAUCAAGGUGGUUCUUGAUCCCAACAAUUUAUUUGGGUCAUUUUUUCUAGUUUGGAGUUCUGGGAAAGAACCUUCCAAACCCCAUGUAAUUCUGCAGCAUUAGAUCCAGAUUGACCAUUUGGGCAAAGCACAAAUGGAAAUCCUUUAUUGUGUUUUGCAUUUUGUAGGAUUUAUUGAAAUAAGAAUUCACUGUGAUUGUGCUGUCUUCUGGCCGGUGUUGGACAGCUCUGCUUUAAAUUUGGUUAAUUUUAUUUUCUCUGAAGAGCGAAAAGAGGCACAGUUUAAUCUUUGCCUCCACAGGCAUAUUAAGCUCAUGUAUUAAUUCAUUCUUAGGCUCCUACAUUAAAUGCCUUGGGUAAACAGAUAAAUGGACAUGUGCUCAGCUGUAAUUUUUUUGCAAAAGAAAGAUCUGACUUCCAUAUGGCAUUGUUGGAUUUCAGAGGCUCUCUGGUGUUUUGAUAAAUCUAAAUGAAUGUUGCCUUUAAUUUUUCCAGUAUAUAAUCUAUUUAACCGUGAGAUUCAUGCUGCAAGUGAAAUCAGGAAGCACUGCAGUGUUGAAGCAAGAGUAUUGUUCAAUUCAUUUGUCUUCCUGAUCCUUGUACUUUAUUUCACAUGUCCGUGUUUACAUUACAUACUUGUAUUUUCUGUAAAAGAAAAAGUUAAAUAAA